AUGUAUACACCAAUUCAUGUGAUAAAUCCGAGCGUAGAUCACAGCCCAGCCGUUGAUACUGACAGCGAUUAUAUGCAUAAUUUGUCACUAAAAUUGGAUUCACUGCUGCAAAGUAUGGAUCUGUUGACAAGCCGUGACGUAACCGAAAGUACACCAAUCCAUGUGAUAAAUCCCAUCCAAUAUCACAGCCCAGACUCUGAUAACCAGUUAACAAAAAAUUUGACACAAAAAUUGUAUUCAUUGCUAAAUAACACGGAUUUAAUGACAGCCGGUGUCGGGGGCGGGGGUUCGCCCACCCAUUGGAAUAUCGUCAAAAAAUAUUUCAGAAAGGAUUUUGUUGAGGGAAAGUUCCCUGGAUGA